GUUCUGUUGGAGGACACUUGGCACAUUUAUGGCGAUUCUGAGCGUCAGGGCAGACUUCUGCCAGGCCCAGCACAGCACCCUGCCUGCCAAGUGAGCUCAGGGUGCUCCCCACGCGUGUGUGAGCGCCAGAAUUCCCAUUUUUUUUUUAUUUUUUUUAUUUUUUUUUUUUUUGGCCUCCGAGACUCCGGCAGCGCAGCGGGACACGGCUCAGAUUUAUGGGAUAUCUCCUGGCCCUUGGCAGCACAUUCCUGGCACUGACUCUGCCACAGCUCAAGUGGAAAACCAAGUGGAGACACCACCCUGCCCUCACCUCCGCAGUGCCUCGAUGCAGAAUUGCCCAGCCUGGCGUGCCGUGGGGAUUUUGGGAAUCUGAAGGAUACAACCCCGCCAGGAAUUGAGGAUUUGGAAGCAUUUCCUUUUUCUAGGAGCAAAAUCCCCCGAGGAACAAACCCAUCAAAGCAAGCUCUGAUCAAUCCCAGGCAUAUUAGUGAUAUUUUGAUGUUUUCUGCUGUGAAAAGUUUCCAAGGUCAUUGAUUUUUUUUUUUUUUUUUUGGUUUAUUUUCCCCCUUUAUUUCUCUUCUUUUGGGUAUUUUUUUUUUUUCUUUUUUUGGCCCCUCACACAUUUUCUUUGCCAUUAUGAACCGUCCAGCCCCUGUGGAAAUUACUUAUGAGAAUCUGCGUUUCCUGAUCACUCACAACCCAACCAAUGCAACCCUCAGCAAGUUCAUCGAGGAGCUGAAGAAAUAUGGGGUGACGACCUUGGUGCGAGUUUGUGAUGCCACUUAUGAUCAAGCUCCAAUCGAGAAAGAAGGAAUCCAAGUUCUAGACUGGCCCUUUGAUGACGGAGCGCCACCCCCGAGUCAGGUGGUGGAGGACUGGCUGAACCUGCUGAAAAGCAAAUUCCGGGAGGAGCCGGGCUGCUGCGUGGCCGUUCACUGCGUGGCGGGGCUGGGCAGGGCUCCCGUUCUGGUCGCGCUUGCUCUCAUUGAAUGUGGGAUGAAGUACGAGGAUGCAGUUCAGUUCAUAAGGCAGAAAAGGAGGGGAGCUUUCAAUUCCAAACAGCUGCUUUACCUGGAGAAAUACCGGCCCAAGAUGAGAUUACGCUUCAAAGAUGCCAACGGUCACUGCUGUGUUCAAUAAAUAAACCCCAAAAAAAAAACCCCCAAAAAUUGGAUUUCAAAAGGAAGGCAGAAGUGAGCGAGGGGGGAUCUUCUCUGGACUCUUGGCACCUGGAAAUGUGAAUCUGGAAUCAAAAAAAAAAAAAAAAAAGAUUAAAAAAUUAAAUUAGUGGUGGAGUCAGCGCUCCUCAAACUCUGUCCUUAACAAAAAAAAAAAAAAUUUAAAAAAAAGGGUGAUGAUUGAGGAAAAAAAAAACAAAUUAGAAAAAUAUAUAAUAAUAAUAAUAAUAAUAAUAAUAAAAAAAGCCAAUUAAGAGAAACAUUUCAGUGAAGGAUUGUUUUCUCCUUAAGCUGCAGCCUGCAAGGAGAAAAGCAGGGUUCUGAACCUUCUGUAUUUUUAACUUUUUAAGACAAGAAAUAAAGUCAACUUUAUGUCUAAAGCAGCAGAGCAUUGCCUUGUGCAGAAAGGUGAGAAAAACCAGGAAUGUGAAUUCCUGAGAUGCCAAUUCCUUUUUAAACUCUUUGAAAAAAAAGGAGAUUUUAUUUUUUUUUUUUUUUUUUAAUUUGUUUUUUAACCAGGGACACUGGAGGAGCUGCCUGGGGACAGCCUGAGAGCCUUAAACCCCUUUUUGGGCACAUCCCAGAGUUUUUGGGGAUGUUUUCCAUGGAAUUCUGACUCCUGGGGGGCUUGAACAAGACCCUCACUGCCUAAACCCUGCGGUGAAUCUGUUUUUGGGAGCGUUUGUGUGAUUCUCUGUGUGAUCAAUCAAUUUUUUGGGUAAAAAUCAAUCUGAUUUUUACCCAAAGAAUUCGGCUGAAAUGUGAAUUUUAGCCAGAAAUCCCAUCCUGGCACCCAAGACUGAUGUUCCAAAGUGUCCUGGGUGAUUCAGACAAGGAUUUCAAAUUAAUUUCUCUGUCAGAAAGAUGGAAAAGGCUUUUUUUAUUUUAAUUUUUUUUAAUUUUUUUUUUGCUGCUGUCCACAUUCCCAGCCUUGCUGAGGCAGGAAAUUGGGAUUUUGAGGGAGGGCCUCACUUGCUGUGAGGGGGAAUUUUCUCUGAUUGCCUUCUUCUGUUUUUAUUGGGGUUUUUUAGGAGGGAGAAUCCCAAAUUCCACCCCAAAAUGUCAGCACCUUUCAUCAGCAAACCCUAAAAAUUUGGAUUUUUUGGGGCUGCAGGGGAACAAAUGAAGGAUUUUAGGAGCAAUUUUGGCCAGGCUGCUCCUCCCAGCCCCAUUUUUGAUUUUGGCUGCCCCAGGGGUUACCUUGAGCACCUUUUCUUGGAUAUUUUCCCAUAAUAUCCAGAUUUUUUUCCACAAUCCCCAAUUUUGGAAAGGUUUGGAUCCAUUUGCUGAGGCAGGAAAUUGGGAUUUUGAGGGAGGGCCUCACUUGGUGUGAGGGGGAAUUUUCUCUGAUUGCCUUCUUCUUUUUUUAUUGGGGUUUUUGGGAGGGAGAAUCCCAAAUUCCACCCCAAAAUCUCAGCACCCUUCAUCAGCAAACCCUAAAAAUUCGGAUUUUUUGGGGCUGCCAGGGAACAAAUGAAGGGAUUUUAGAAGCAAUUUUGACCAGGCUGCUCCUCCCAGCCCCAUUUUUGAUUUUGGCUGCCCCAGGGGUUACUUGAGCACCUUUUCUUGGAUAUUCUCCCAUAAUAUCCACAUUUUUUUCCACAAUCCCGAAUUUCGGAAAGGUUUGGAUCCAUUUGCUGAGGCAGGAAAUUGGGAUUUUGAGGGAGGGCCUCACUUGCUGUGAGGGGGAAUUUUCUCUGAUUGCCUUCUUCUGUUUUUAUUGGGGUUUUUGGGAGGGAGAAUCCCAAAUUCCACCCCACAAUCCCGGCACCUUUCAUCAGCAAACCCUAAAAAUUUGGAUUUUUUGGGGCUGCAGGGGAACAAAUGAAGGGAUUUUAGGAGCAAUUUUGGCCAGGCUGCUCCUCCCAGCCCCAUUUUUGAUUUUGGCUGCCCCAGGGAUGAUCUUGCACCUUCUCCUGGGUAAUCUCCCAUAAUAUCCAUAUUUUUUUUCCUGUAAUAUCCAUAUUUUUUUUUCUCUAAUAUCCAUAUUUUUCCCAUAACACCCAGCCUUGGGAGGGUUUGGAUCCAGGUUUAGGGCCCUGUUCCCUCAGGAUAUUUGGAAAUUUUGGUUGUUGGGCUGUGCCUGCAGCUGAGGCCUCUCCCCAUCCCUUCCCAGCAUUUCUCCCUUUCCCAAACUCCAUUCCAAGGCUGGGAAUGGAUUUUAGGAAUUCCAACCCUUGGCAGAGAUUUUAUAAAUGCAACCAGAAAAUGUCAGUGCUUGUCACAGCCCCUCAGGUGAGCUCCCCAAACCCUCCCAGGUGUGCUGAAUUCCCUCCUCCCUGUGGAAUAUUCCGAGUUUUUCCAUGGAUCAAGGAGACCUGGAAGUGUUUUCUGGGGUGGGGAAGCGGGAGGGAAAUGGUGCUGAAAUCACAAUUCUGCCUUUUGCCUUCCCCUCCCACCCGUUUUUAUUAUAAAUAAUUAUAAUAAAAAUUAUAUAAUUA